AUGACUGAAGAAGUGAUUGACAUAGAGGAUCAGCCAUCAGAAAUACCCUUAAUAGAUGAAGAAACUGAACAAAAAUAUAGAAUUUGGAAGAAAAACUCACCAUUUUUAUAUGAAUAUCUAUCAACAAAUUCACUACUAUGGCCAUCAUUAUCAGUUCAAUUCUUCCCCGAUAUAACAACCCAACCACCAGAUUCAAAAUCAUCAACAGAUAUCAUACUACAGCGUUUAUUGCAUGGAACUUAUACAUUAGGUCAAUCAAUUGUAGAUUCAAUUUCUAUUUUACAAAUACCUAGUUUCAAUUCAAUAAAUAAAAAUUUAGAAAUUUCAAAAUUAAAUUUUAAUCAAGAUAAAGAAGAAUUUGAAAUUAAUUCAAGUUUACCGAAACCAAAAGUUUUACAAAAGAUAAAUCAAUUAGGUGAUGUCAACAAAUUAAAAUAUAUGCCUCAGAAACCAAAUGUUAUUGCAAGUGCAAAUUCUACUGGUAACCUAUACAUUUUCGAAAGAACUAAACACAAGAGUUUCCAAAAACUGCUUAUAGAUGAUGUUGAUGUAAACAAAGCGGAGAUAACUAUAAAUGGGGAUUCCGAAAUUUUUGCAUUAGAUUGGAACCAAAACGAAGAAGGAUUAUUAAUAUCCGGGGAUAUAGAAGGUAAUAUAAAAUUAUAUGAUUUAACAAAGUAUAAUAAACUGAAACAAUUGGCAUCUCAUAAAAACUGGAAUGAAAAUAGUAAUAUAAAUGACAUAGAAUGGUUCCCCACUCAUGAUUCCCUAUUUGGAGCAGUUUUAGAAAAUGGAAAUAUGAUAGUACAAGAUAUAAGAAUGGGGAAAGAAAAAGAAAGAAUAAUAAAACAAAUUCCAACAUCAUCAAUAGAUUCAUCAAACACAUCCAUAAAUUCCAUAUCAAUAAAUCCUAAUUUUGCAACUGGUAUUGCAACAGGAGAUUCAAAUGGAAUAAUACAUAUAUGGGAUCUAAGAAAUUUAGAUUCCUCCAUUAGAAAUUUCAAACCACAUUCAUCAUCAAUAACUCAAUUAAAAUUUCAUCCAAAAUUCCCACAAAUUAUUGCAUCAUCAUCAACUGAUCAUCUGGUCAAACUACAUAAUAUUUCAACUGCAGCAAACGAAGAUCCUACAUUUUUCCAACAUUUGGGUCAUAUGCUUGAAGUGAAUGAUUUCGAUUGGUCUUAUGCUGACGAUUGGAUGGUAGCUAGUGUUGCAGCUGAUAAUUCUCUACAUGUCUGGAAACCAUCAAAAGUAAAUAUCUAA